AUGGCAGUAGAAGAGCUUGAGAAAUCAAUGGCGACAACUGAGAUUGAAGACCAGAGAAAAGACGAUGAUGAUUUGGAGGAAGGCGAGAUUAUCGAUGACAACUCAAACGCUGAAAAACCCAGCAAAUCAAUCGCAACAACUCAUCCUCUUGAGAAUGCUUGGACUUUUUGGUUUGAUAAUCUUACUGCUAAAUCGAAACAAGCUGCUUGGGGUAGCUCUAUUCGACCCAUUUAUAUUUUCUCUACUGUUGAAGAAUUCUGGAGCUCUAAAUCUGAGUAUCAUUGCAAGAAAUUGAUUGAGGCUAUACUUUUAAUGGAUGCAAUGUUCUUUUGA